AUGCGUGUGCUAUUAUCCAUUGCCGCCAUUCGAGGAUGGUCCCUUCAUCAACUUGAUGUCAAUAAUGCAUUCCUUCAAGGCGAUCUUGAUGAAGAAAUAUACAUGAAAUUACCCCCUGGUUUAGGUUCUGAGGGUCCCUCCAAAGUUCUAAGAUUAAAAAAAUCUUUAUAUGGGCUGAAACAAGCUUCAAGGCAAUGGUUUGCCAAAUUUUCUUCGGUAUUACUUGCUGAAGGUUUCCAAAAAUCAUUAUGUGAUAAUUCUCUCUUCACAUAUCAUAAAGGAAAUAAAUCCAUUUUUGUCCUCAUUUAUGUUGAUGAUAUCAUUAUCACCGGUACUGAUAAUAUUUUCAUCAACUCUCUCAAAUCCAGACUUGCGUCCUAUUUCUCAAUCAAAGAUUUGGGAAAAUUACAAUACUUCUUGGGCAUCGAAGUUUCUCGUUCUUCCAAAGGAAUUUUUCUUUGUCAAAGGAAGUACAUUCUGGAUAUCCUAAAGGAUUCUGGACUCACUGGAACGCGCACCUCUUCUUUUCCUAUGGAUGCACAUCUAAAACUGACAUCCGAGGCUGGUACACCUUUGCCAGAUCCUAGUAUUUAUCGGCGCUUAAUUGGUCGUCUUUUAUACCUUACAGUCACACGACCAGAUAUCACUUAUGCAGUGAAUUAUUUAAGCCAAUUUAUGCAACGUCCUCAUUCUUCACAUCUGGAUGCUGCUAAUCAUGUUUUACGAUACCUUAAAGGUACUAUUGGUCAUGGAAUUUUUCUGGCCUCUUCCACUCCUUUGAUACUCAAAGGAUAUACCGACUCUGAUUGGGCAGGCUGCCCAAUGACCCGCCGAUCCACUACUGGAUACCUUGUUACUAUAGGUAACAGCCCAGUUUCCUGGAAAUCUAAAAAGCAACCCACGGUUGCUCGUUCUUCGCGCGGAGCUGAAUAUCGUGCUCUUGCACAUUUAACUGCAGAACUACAAUGGCUUCGUUAUUUGUUUCAGGAUUUAAGAAUUCCUUGUAUUCUUCCAAUAGUUGUUUCCUGUGACAGUCAGGCAGCUAUUCACAUUGCUCAAAAUCCAGUAUUUCACGAGAGGACGAAGCACAUCGAAAUUGAUUGUUAUUUCGUACGGGAGAAACUGCUCAACGGCUUAAUUAAACCACAACAUCUACCGUCUUCUGAACAGCUUGCAGAUUUAUUCACAAAACCUUUAGGUGUCAAGCAAUUUCAACAUUUGGUUAGCAAGUUGGGUAUUCGAUCUGACUCGAAUCCUCCAACUUGA